AUGCCCUAUACCGAGGCUACCUUGAUGGAGGUCUACCGGUACGGUGUAUCAGCGCCGGUUGGAUUACCCAAAUCGACAACAAGGGACAUGACCUUUCGCGGAUUUAAGAUCCCAAAGAAUACCAUGGUUAUGGUCAACCAGUGGGCUGUUCAUUACAACCAGGAUCAUUGGGACGAACCUUUCAAGAUCAAACCAGAACGUUUCUUAGACGCCAGCGGUCUGCAGUUGAUCAAGCCCACAGAGAGCUACAUGCCCUUCGGCCUCGGUCGUCGCUCAUGUCUUGGAGAGAACUUCGCCAAGGGUGAGAUCUUCAUUCUGUUCUGUUGGCUCUUCGGUCGCUACUCCUUCACCAAGGUGCCUGGCAGGGAGGGAGAGUCACUCAUAAGGAAGGAUGAGUCUCAAGGGCUGACACAAUAUCAUCCAUAUCCCUAUGAGGUUAUAGUGCGGAAAUUGUAA